AUGAGCCUCAUGAAACGAUAUUAUAAACUAUUUAAAACAAAAUUCUAUGCUGAGGAAAUAAAACCAAUUGGAGGAUAUGAUGUUGCCGGAAAAUUGAAUCAAUGGGGUAUCAAUCAUCGUGGUCAAGUAGCAACAUUGGAAAAUGGUGAACGUUUUCUUGUUCAUAAAGGACCUGGUUUUGGUCACAAUUCUCAAACUGUUGUUGUUGAUGCUAAUCAAAUGUCAAGAAAGUGGACACCACAUGGUUUAUCGAUGCAACCUGGAUCUCAAUCUGUAGGAUUAGGUGAUUUAGUUAGAGCAGGCGGAAAACAUUACAACACAUUUACAAACAAUUGUAUACAUGGUGCAUGUAAAAUCAAAGACCGAUUUCAAAAUGGCAAAUGA